CACCAUCAGAGAAGUGUUCAGAACAUCAACAGAAGUGUGGCUUUAUUGGGCAUAGAUUUGCUCUGUGAGAACUUCAGCCUGAUUGCUGAGACUUUUUGGGAAAAGUCUUUGUGAGCUGAGGAGGGUGGAGGUGUCACUCCCGGCUAUGAAGACCAGCAUCCUGCUUAUGUUCCUUUGGGGGUUGUCCUGUGCUCUUCCAGUAGCCAGGUAUCAAAAUACUGAAUCCAAGAGUUCUGAAGAAUGGAAGGGUCAUUUGGCUCAGACACCCACACCACCCUUGGAGAGCAGUGAGUCAUCAGAAGAAAGUAAAGUUAGCUCAGAGGAACAGGUAAAUGAAGACUCCAGUGAUAGCACCGAAUCAGAAGAGGGCCUAGUCCUUGAUGAUCAUCAGUAUGUUUAUAGAUCAGCUGGUGGCCUCUCUAGGAAUGGAGGAAAAGAAGGAAUUGAUAAAGAUGAUGAUGAAGAUGACAGUGGAGAUGACACCUUUGGUGAUGAUGACAAUGGCCCAGGACCUGAAGAGAGUCAAGGAGGAAACCCCAGACUCAGAAAUGAUGAGGACUCAGCGGACACCACACAAUCCAGUGAAGAUAGUGCCUCUAGUGGGGAAGACAGUGCCCAAGAUACCACCAGCGAGAGCAGAGAUCUUGACAAUGAGGAUGAGAUGAGCAGCAGGCUUGAGGGAGAUGAGCUCACUCAAGAGAGUGAGAGUGAGGAGCACUGGGUGGGAGGCGGCAGUGAGGGGGAUAGUAGCCAUGGGGAUGGCUCUGAGUUUGAUGAUGAAGGAAUGCAGAGCGAUGAUCCAGACACCAUCAGGAGUGAGAGAAGCCACUCCAGAAUGAAUAGUGCCAGUGUAAACUCAAAAGAAUCAAAAGGGAACAGUGAUGAGCAAGCCAGCCCUCAGGAUUCAGGUGAGAGCAAAUCAGUGGAGUAUCCCCGUGGGAAAUUUUUCAGGAAGUCCCGCAUUUCUCUGGAAGAUGACAAAGGUGAUCUUGACGAUAGCAACACCAUGGAAGAAGUCAAGAGUAAGUCCACAGAAAACACCAACUCCAAUGAAGCAGACCUCAGCCAAUCCAGGGAAAACAGCAAGAGUGAAUCUCAAGAAGACAGUAAGGACAGUCCAUCCCAGGAAGACAGUCAAACUGUAGAAGACCCCAGCAGUGAGUCUAGUCAAGAGCUUGACCUGCCAUCUCAAGAAACCAGUAGUGAAUCUCAGGAAGAGGCAGUGAGUAAGUCCAGGGGUGACAAUCCAGAUAAUACCUCCAGCCACUCGGAAGAAGGUCAGGAAGACAGUGACUCCAGUGAAGAGGACAGCUUGAGUAAACCCUCCAGUUCAGAAAGCAAAUCCAGAGAGGAGCAAGCUGACAGUGAUUCCAAUGAGAGCCUCAAAGAUUCAGAGGAAAGCUCGGAGUCCACUGAGGAGGAGAACAGCUCUAGCCAGGAGGGCCUCCAAUCUCACAGUGACUCCACCGAGAGCCAGAGCGAGGAAAGCCAGUCUGAGCAGGACAGCCAGUCUGAGGAAGAUGAUAGCAGUGAUUCUCAGGACAGUAGCAAAUCACAAGAAGAUAGCAACUCUACUGAGAGUAAGUCAAGCAGUGAGGAAGAUGGCCAGUUAAAAAACACUGAGGUAGAAAGCAGAAAAUUAACAGUUGAUACUUAUCACAACAAACCCAUUGGGGAUCAAGAUGACAAUGACUGUCAAGAUGGCUAUUAACAUCAGCUUUCCUAAGAAGUGGCUCUCAUGUAAAGGAGUCUUGGGGGUUGGAGAGUAGGGAAAAAAUUAUAACUAUAAUUUAUUGAUGUUUUUUAUCAGAAGGAUAAAUGGAGGUCAUUUCUUUCUGAAAGGAAAUGCUGGACAUUAUACAUGUUGCUAGGGUGUCACCAACCAUAGAGGUUUAAAUAAUGUGGAAUGACACCAGAACACACCAAUGAGACUGGAAGCCAGGAAAGACAUGCAUCAUAGCUUCACAACUGAAAUAGUUCCUAACUCAUGAACCUAACAAAUAGUUAUGGAGGUUCUAUUAUGUACCAGGCUCUGUGCUAGGUGCUGGGGAUAUAAAGAAGCUUAAGAUUUGUUUCUUGCUCCUGAGGAGCUUACAGAGGGAAAAUAAAGCUAAAGCGCUAAUGAGGAAUACAUAUGAGGGAAACAAGAAUUACUACAAUCCCAUGUGGUGAGUGCUAUAACAAAGAGAUGAACAAAAUAUGUGACAGAAGAGGGCAACCAAGUUUGCCUUCGAGAAGACACUGGAGUCAGAGCAUUGUAUAGGAUUUCUCCAAUGAAGACGAGCAAAUUCUAUUUAUUCUUGGGAUAAGCAGUAGUAAAUCUUAUAUUAUUGAAUAUUUAGUCUGUGAGAGCACUUUCAUGCUAUGAACGAGAAAGGUGUUUUAGAAAAACAAAACUUUUUUCCCAACUAAUUUAUCAUUUUUGACCUUUUUUUGUGGAACUCCUAUGAACAUGCUUAUUGACUGCUGGUGAUAAUAUGGAUUAGAUUGGGAGAGUGGGAACAGGAAAUUCCUCUUUAAAGAGAUAACGUUUAGCUUUAUUUUUUUUCUAAAACCAGUCCAUGUGCAAUACUAGAAAAACUGUCCUCUGAGUUCUUUACAUAUAUUGCACAUAAAAUUGUGUAUAUAGAUUUCAAUUGAUUUUUGCCAAAUACCCUUUGAAAUGUUACCUCAACAUAAAAUAUUUGUUUUGUAAUAAAGAUAAUAAUACCCAGAA